CGACGGAACCGGAGCACGAGAUUGCGGUGGUUGGAUAUGGAACGACGCCGGAGGGAGUACCGUAUUGGAUAGGAAGGAACUCAUGGGGACACUACUGGGGCCACAGCGGCUUCUUCAGAAUCGUAAGGAAGCGCUACUGUGGAGUACGUGGAAAGAACAACUUGGGCAUUGAAGGAGACUGUGCUUGGGCAGCUCCAGCAAAUGGAGGAAAGCCCAGGAGG